AUGAAGCUCACCAUCUUCUCCCUCGUUGCCUUCGCGAGCGUCGUGGUUGCAGCCAUGCCCUCGACAAACGGCUGCACAGCCGACAUGAAGUCCAUACUGGUCUCCUCGGACGACGACGACUUCGUCUUCGAGCUCGAUAACGAUAACACGGACUUCCCUGGGAAUCGAUUUCUCACAUACACCCUUCCGGCUGGCACUCCUCGCGACAGCGGAAAUACCUUCCAGAUCAUACUCUCAGAUGAAACCGAGUUCUUCGCCAGCGUGGAGAACACCGACGGAGUGGAGUUCAACGCUUUCCUCAUCCAGGACAAUGGCGACCGGGGCAAACCACUGGGAAAUCCCUUCACGAUAGUAAAAACUCCUGUACAACAACAGUCGCUGCCGUUUUCGAUCAGCGGUAUCAUCGCUGAGAACAUUACAAUUGAAUAUGUCCUCACGGACCUCCAAACGCCAACUGAUGUCUUCUUUUUUGGGAAUGGGAAUGGGACUGAUGGGCUGCUGCUGAAGGUUACUUGUCCUUAA